UUUAUCUUCUAGCAUCAUCAGCAGUUUUUACCUCACAGAUUUCUAUUUUGUUCUUUAUCUGCUAUUCACAAGUGAACUUGCAGGAGCUAUUUCACUAAAAUUCAGCAUCUUUGAAAUGAGCCUCAAGUAUCUGGUUUCUCUUUAGGGUACCUUGUUGGAGUUCCUUUGAAGAUAAAUGAUAGAAAGGAGCGAAGACACUGAAGGCUACCAACAAAAGCUUAAGAAGUGGAAAUUUCUGAAUCUCCUAACAAACAAGGCAUAUUCCCACUUUACGGACAACUGACAUUUUAAGUGUCCAACAGAACAAAGAGGAAGCUCUUUUCUUUAGACCGUGCAUCAAUCAUCCCCACCCACCUGCCCAGGAGAACAGGAGGCUGGCAUCCCGGCACGGGACAUCCUGGGUGGGACCCUUCUCCCAGCCGCACAGCCUCCCUCAUUGGUAGGUCUGACAGACCCGCUUUUGGUCCCCCUGCACUGGAAGACUUUUUGUUGACUCAUUCUUUCUUUCCCCCAAUGGUGACUGUCUUUUCUCCCCCCCAAGCCUUUGCUGCUUUGUUCUUUACUGCACAGUCUAGUUUUGACUGAGAACCACUGUUAACUGAGCAUCAGGACUCCCUAGGGAGGACGAAGAUCACGGCACCCUCAUGGCAUCAGCAGGUCUGCAGCUGCUCGCUUUUGGCCUGGCUUUGUUGGGGGCUUUUGGCAUGUUUGUGGCCACUCUACUGCCCAACUGGAAGGUGAACAUGGAUGUGGGCUCCAGCAUCCUCACGGCCAUUGUGCAGCUGCGGGGGCUGUGGAUGGACUGCACGUGGUACAGCACCGGCAUGUUCAGCUGCACCCUCAAGUACUCCAGCCUGUCCCUCCCCAUCCACGUGCAAGCCGCCCGGGCUGCCAUGGUCCUGGCGUGCCUUCUCUCUGCUUUCGGGAUCUGCACUUCAACAGUAGGAAUGAAGUGCACCCGCCUGGGAGGAGACAGAGAAGCCAAGAGCCACGCUUCUUUUGCUGGGGGUGUCUGCUUCAUGUCUGCGGGUAUCUCUGGUUUAAUACCCACAGUGUGGUACACAAAGGAGAUGAUAUCGGACUUUCUGGAUCUGACAGUUCCAGAAAGCAACAAGCAUGAGCCUGGAGGAGCUGUCUACAUUGGGUUCAUUUCAGCAAUGCUGCUGUUUAUCUCUGGCAUGAUUUUCUGCACUUCCUGUAUAAAAAAGGAUCCAGAACCUUGGCUCUACCCACCCAAGCAGCAGAAUACAACCACCCAAUUGGAGAACAAUUCUGUGUACAACCUGAAGGAUUAUGUUUAAGCUACUGUGUAAUGCAUAUUGAAUGAAGCUUUUGGUGUCUGCUGUCAGUUUUUUUUUUU